CCCAUCUCUUACUUAACACAAAAGACUAAAGAGAAUGAAUAAACAGUUACAUAGGCGCCAAAUCCCAAAAAAGGAAAAAAAAAGAAAAAGUAAUCCUCUGAAAAUUGAAGCCCUAAAACCCCAGAAAUCUUCAUCUAAUUAACUGGUAUGCAUUUUUAGUUGCCAAGAGUUGGAAAUUGAGACAUGGGAAGUUUUAGUGCCAUAAUUUCUGUUAGCUCAUCUCUUCAUGCAAAUGAAUUGUUUCCCAAGAUUAAAAAUUUAACCUUUUAUAAUCAGCAGAAAAGAAGAAAUCAAGGACUGAAAAGAAGGCCUGGAGUUGUUGCAUACUAUGGGCUGAAAGAGCCUCCCUAUAACCUUGAUGCUCUAGAACCAUAUAUGAGCCAAAAAACACUGGAGUCGCAUUGGGGAGAGUAUCAUAGAGGUUACUUGGAAAAUUUGAAUAGACAUUUGAGUAGGAGUGACAUACUAUAUGGCUAUACUAUGGAUGACCUUGUGAAAGUAACAUACAAUUAUGGAAACCCCUUACCUGAAUUCAAUGAUGCUGCACAGGUUUGGAAUCACGAUUUCUUUUGGGAAUCCAUGCAACCUGGAGGUGGGGAGUCUCCAACUCUUGGUCUUCUUCAGCAGAUUGAAAAGGAUUUUGGUUCUUUUACAGACUUCAAAGAGAAGUUCAUAGAGGCAGCCAUGACACACUUUGGUUCUGGCUGGGUUUGGCUGGUUUUGAAGAGGAAGGAGAAGCAGCUUGCAGUGGUGAAGACCUCGAAUGCAGUAACUCCUAUCGUUUGGGAUGAUAUCCCCAUCAUAUGCCUGGAUUUGUGGGAGCAUGCCUACUACUUGGAUUAUAAGAAUGAUAGAGCGAAGUAUGUUAAUGUUUUCAUGAACCACCUUGUAUCAUGGCAUUCGGCAACAGCACGCCUUGCUCGAGCACAGGCUUUUGUGAAUCUUGGAGAACCUAAAAUUCCAGUCGCUUGAAAUGUUAUUUGCUUCACAAAACGCCUCCCCCCCCCCCCCUCCCCUCUCUGCUUAUAAUAUGCUUGCAUGUAUGUGUUUGCAUCCCAUUAGCAUUACCUUAGCAGUUAGCACUCAGGCAAACCAAAGGUCCACAGUCCACUUAUAGAUGUUGCAAGAAUAUUAGAAUUAGCAAUUCUUGUGUGAGUUCAAUGUAUCAUGUAUGAUACCAGAUAGACUAAAAGAGUAAGUAUAUUGUAGAGAAACAUCUUAGUGUCAAAUAGAGGUUCUACCUGUAUUUGGGAUAGUGCGACUUAAUCCCUUAAUCGGACCUUUACCCUCACAGUUUCUUAGUCCAAUAUAGUGCAUGUAGUAUUCUAGUUCAUGUACGUUGAUGAUAAGGCGACAUCCACUGCGAAAAGCUUUCAUGUGGCAAAAUUCGAACCCCUUAUCUCUACUUCGGCGUUGGCAACUCAACCACCUAGACGAAGUUUAAAUGUUUAAUGGAGGUUCUACUUGAAGAAUUGAAGGAUCAUUAUUUUUUGGAUAAUAUAUUAUUUGCUUACUAUUUUAUUGAUCUCUUUCCUCAAUCAUUUGAUCAAUCUUAGAGAUUGGGUGUAGAUACCUAUUCAUUUAAAGGGGUGGUAGGACUUGAAUAAUGGGAGAUGAGGAAACUGGUUAAAGAUAAAAUUCCCAGGGAAUGGGCGUGUGAGUGUGGCCCAUAUUGAAUGUGAUGUCUCUUUUGUGUACCAUUUGAAUGGACAAGACAAACUUAUAUAUAUCGUUGAAAUUCAUAUUAGCUGAUUAAUAUAUUUAAAUUUAUCUGAUUAUUAA